AAAAUGGGAUAUACCAGGUUAAAACAGCAGGAUAUUAUUUAACUUUCGUCUUUCAUCUGAAUUGGAUUAUUCAGAAUAAAGUAAAAUGGCGGUGAAUCCUAUGGAUGAGGAUGAUCCAGUGAGUUCUGUAAUGAAAGAACUCGCUGCUCUUCAACAACAAACAUCCAUUGUUCGAUCACCGGAGUCUGGGAAUGUUCGAGUAAAGUUUGAAUUUUUUGGCGAAAGAAGAAUGUCAUACUUUCAUAGACCACUUCUUCUCCAAGAUUUACAAAUAACCGUCAAAAAGAAUUUCGGUCGACUCCUGAUGAUGCUAUUUUCUGCUGGUGGAAAUAAUGAUAUUUAUCUACCAAUAACAACACAAAAAGAUGUCGAUCAAAUGGUAGAGUUUUUUGAUUCAAAUCCUGGAAUGAAAAAUAUUAAAAUAUCAUUAAAAGAAAUCCCUAUAGCUACGUCACCGAGAACAUCAAAGAAGCUGCCAUCGCCUAUACACAGAUUGCAGUCUCCAACUCUGCCGAACCAGGGAAGAUAUUCGCCACCUCCUGGUACAAUAGAUGAGGAUGAGGUUAAAGGUCAUCGUGGAUCUAUAACUUCACUCAACAGUGAGGGAGAAUUUAUACCUGAUAAAAAUGUUCCGAUGUAUGGAUCACCCGUUAUUCACAGCAGCUCUACAUCUUUAGACAGCAGUAUGUCAAGUCCACAUGGCCCAACAGAUCAUUGGUAUGAUAAACUAGGCAGAGUGCUGAGCUACCCAGAUGAUAUAGCAUAUGCACAAGAUAAUCAAAUGCACGUGCAACAAAUAUCCAGUGGAGGAACUUAUCCUAGAAGAUUACAUGCUCGUCCAGAAGAAACAAACGAUCACAAUCUAGAUAUUUCUCGAUCUUUUCCUCGUAUCCGACCGCCAAGCAAUAAUUCCUCAAGAUAUUUACCAAGCAAUUCAUAUUUUAUGAAGAAAUCACCAAAUAAUAUGUCGUCCAUGAGCAAUUGCAGCAGUACAAGCAGUAUUGGUAUUGAAAUGGAAGAACCUGGCCAUCAAUUUACCACUCCUAUGUCAACUACUUCAUUUUCUUCAGGUCAUCGAACCUCAUCAUCUUCAUCAUUAGGAAGACAACAACACAGGAGAAGUGCUGGUGAAAUGAUUGUGGGUGAUCAGAAUUCUUCUUUGAUGUUGUCACCGAAACCCCCAGCAAAUUGGAAGAGAGGUAAAGUCCUUGGUCACGGUGCUUUUGGAAAAGUAUAUGCAGCGUAUGAUGCUGACACAGGAAGAGAAUUAGCUGUCAAACAAGUACCAGUACAGAGUGAUAGCACUGGUACAUCCAAGGAAAUCAAAGCACUGUUGACUGAAAUAGAUUUAUUACGUCGACUAUCACAUGACAGAAUUGUUCAAUACUAUGGUUCAUGUGAAGAUACAAAUACACUGUCCGUUUUUAUGGAAUACAUGCCAGGGGGAUCCGUUAAGGACGAAAUCAAAUCAUACGGUGCUUUAACAGAACAAGUUACAUGUAAAUAUAGUCGACAAAUAUUAGAAGGUUUAUCAUACUUACAUCAAUAUAACAUCCUUCAUCGAGAUAUAAAAGGAGCUAAUGUUUUACGAGAUGCUUCAGGAAAUGUAAAACUCGGUGAUUUCGGUGCUGCUAAGCGAUUACAGACUAUUUUAACUGCAUCGGGACAAACAGUAGUAGGUACUCCAUAUUGGAUGAGUCCUGAAGUUAUCGAGGGCAAAGGAUAUGGAAGAAGAGCUGAUAUUUGGAGCCUCGGAUGCACUGUUGUUGAAAUGUUGACAACGCGUCCUCCAUGGUAUGAAUUUGAAGCCAUGGCAGCUUUAUUUAAAAUAGCAACUCAACCAACCAAACCAGAACUGCCUCCCACUGUGUCACAAUCUUGUCGCGAUUUUAUAACGAUCAUUUUUGUUGACAAAGAUCAACGACCAUACACUGAUGAUAUUAUUAGUCAUAAAUGGUUUCAAGGAAUGUAUUUCUGAAACAUAUAAGAUUAUGCAAAAUUGAACUGAUAUAGCAUCAAAACAGACUCAAUGUUAUCCUCCAGUGAUAUAUUAGCAUGCGCUAACAUGUCGAGUAACGUUUUUAUGGACCGAAGCUUUGGAAGACUGAAUCACAGGGGAGAAAUAUCUUCAGGAAGUUCGUUUUACAGUAAAGGAGCCAUUUAUGUACAUCCAUAUUGAAGUUACCUCACUCGAUGGUACUUAUGAUUAAUGACUCUUGCUUAUAAUAUGGAGAAUUUAUUCUUUUCCAGAAUCUCCCUACUUUUGAUAUUGGUACCGGAAUUUCAGGUGCAGUGUAAAUGACAUAAUGUUGUAUUCAAAAUAUUCUCAAUGUCUCAUUCGAUAUCAACAGAAAUAAUGGAUCUCACUCUCAACUGUGUUAAAAAUUUCAGAACAUACAUUCUCCCUAAGUUUUUUGAUAUAGAGUAAUGCCAAUUGCCAUUUCGCAAAUUUUGGAUGUCACAAAUUUGAGAGUAUUCAAAAAGAAUUUCAAACUCAUUGCAUCCUAUUUCGAAUUCUUAUACUGCUAUGGAAUUGAUGCAAUAGCCCACCAUGCAUUUGAAUUAUUUGGGUGGAUAAAUUCAAAACAUAUUUGUCAAAUUUAAUGUUUUUCAGAAUAUCCUUAUCAUUUAGCGGACAUUGAAAAAACUUUCUGCCGUGAAUUGAAAAUCUUCAUACACUGCAUUGUGUUUAUGAAAAUCGAAUUUAUCAACUAAUUUUACAGAUUGUUGUUGUUUCAAUUUGAUGAAUAAAUCUCAUGUUUUGUGCACACUUUAGCAACUCUUUUUAUUUUAUCUUAUUGUUUAUCAACUAGUAAGAUUAAAUAAUAAAUUACUUUCUAAUUCUUGCCUAUUAUAUCUUACAAUUGUGUGAUUAAUGUUUUCUAAUUCAUGUCGAGAGCAGAGAAUCAAUUCUAAAUAUUUUAUUUUUUCACCUUAUAUAAUACUUAUACUAUUGAGUCAUAUCGUAUGAUUUGAAUACAUGAAUCGAUGAAUUUUAAAGUGUUUAGAUCAUUCCUACAGUUCUGUGCAUAAACAAUUAUGCUAGGCAAUACCUUAUAGAAUCCUGGAUCUGUACCUCGAGCAGAAAACAGCCACACAAUGUUCAACUUCUUGAAUGUUCGGAAUCACAGCGUUCACAAUCAGCAGAAAUAUCACUUUUUAGUUUGGACACUCAUAUUGUCAAUAUCACAGCCGAUCUUGGUAGAAACCUGCCUGUUCGUAUCUCAAAGUUUGCUUUAUAUAUCCAACUUUUGUGUACUGUUAUCCAAAUAGUCCCUUUGUAAACUUUAUUGGAGCUAAAAUUUCAAUAGCUUGAAAAAAUGUACUGCUCUCUGUCCUCGGAGAUCAAAUAAAUUGCCAUAUAUGGUAUCAGUUUUUUUAGAACUUGUUUGUUUUUAUACUACAAACUCUAUCGGGCCGAAUGUGAGGGCCUCAUUGCUGAUUCGGCUGAUAUUUAGAUUGUUGAUUAAACAAUUAAUAUUUGGGUUGUUCUCAUAUAAAGCAUUACGAAUAUUCAUUAAUGUACUUCAUAACAUAGGCCAUAUUUCCAAUGUGAUUAAUUAGAGCAUUUGCAAAUGUGGAAUCGUUGAACAUAUUUUCUUUAUGUUGUUGAUAUUCCCAUCUGUGAAAUCUUGUGUGGUAUGUUUAGAUAAUUUUGGUCAUUUUGAUGAAUAGGCUAUAUAUUAAAUCCGUCCUCUUAACUAUUAUUUUUUUUAUUGGAGUUUCUAUAUGAAAAAUCUGUAUUUCGAUUUCUAUCAUUUUUAUACGAAUAUGAACGUGUUUUAACUUUUUCAAAUAGUUUUUUAAUAUUUCAACUUAUCAUCUGCACUACAUAGCUCAUUUUUAAGCAUUUGUAUCUGACGUAUGUAUUUUUAAACCACUAAUUCGAAAUAUUCUUCAGAGAUACCGGUGUAUUUUCUAAUGUCCAGAUCCAAAAUUUUUAUUUCAGAGUAUAGCUAAUCAAAAUUUGACAAUAUUUGUCGAUCGGUAGUCGGUACUAAUAGUAACAACUUUUCAUCACUUUCUAGUAAUUACUAUAUUGUACAACUUAUUGAUCAUUUGCUUGGUGAAUCUUUGAGAAAACUGUUAGACUGUUAGGCUUGUUGUCAGUAGUGGGAUUCAGCCGGUUCGCACCGGUUCUAUAGAACCGUCUCACAGAAUUUUAUGAGAUCAGCGAACCGGUUAGCAUUACUGAAAAAAACAAGACUUUUUGUAACAGAACCGGCUGAAAAAUAUGACAUUUGUGUGAUGCAACAGUCUGACAAAUGAUUUGAAUCCCACCACUGGUUGUUGUCACUGAACAUGUUGGGAGUUAAUCUUGAGAUUUCAGAUCUAGCUAAUACAUGAACAUACUGAACUCUUGUCAAAUUACUCAAUACACCAUUUCAGCAUUCGCUGGUGAAUGAAAAAUUAACAGAAAACCUGAAUGAUGCGUAUUUCUAGCCACCAGAACUAUAAUUCCUUUAAAACUGUAUCUAAUCCUCUCUUGUUAUUUACAUACUCGUGCUAUUUGUGCCUUCUGAAGCUAAAGCACCAUUUUAUGUCCUAUUCCAUCCAAUCAAGUGGUUUAUGACAGUUGGUCAAAAUGCUAUAUUCAACUUGAAACCACAUACGAAAAUCUCACCAUACUUUAUUUAGACUAUCUGUGCUUUGUUGAACAAAUAGUUAAAGUGUUCUUCUCAAAUCACAUAUCAUACUGGCUCAUAAAUUGCGAAGACUUAUAAAUAUAAGUACUGGAAUAUGAUAGAACAUGUACUGCUAAGUAUAUUUCAUCUUUAAACAAAUGAAUGCCAGAAAAUGAUAUAAAAAUAUUAUUGCCCAUUUAAAUCAGCUAUUGCGCCUUGUGUAUUAAAAAAUAAAAGAGAUGCUAUUGGCCAUGCUUCGUACCAAUUUUAUUAAGUUGUUAUCUGAUUUUAGUUUAGUUUUGAGUAUAAUUUGUAUGAUUGCAGGUAAUGUCUUCCAAAAAAAAUGGCUUUAAAAUUUUCUGUAACUUUCACUGUAAGUGGAAUGUUUAUCAUUUUAAAUGAUGUGUUUCAUAAGUUUUAGUGUAUUUUCUGCUAACCCUGCUAUUUGUAACAAGAAUGACAGGUAAUAUGUCGUUUUUACAUUUCGAAUAAAUAUAUCGUGUUUAAUCAUUUGUACCUUCAGAAAGAUUACCGUUUUCAUCAUCA